AUGAUUCGGUGGCUGCUGAGCUGAUCUUUGUGCGAACGAAGCAGAGCGGUCGCAGAUAGCAACUGGCAGCAAACACAUCCAGAGACGGCGGAGGAGACAGCUUUUAUCCCCGAAAAAACACACCUACAACGACAAUACAGUGACAGCCUUAAAAUGGUCAUCUGGUGAGGAUUGCCCAAGCUUUUAGGUGGAGGAGUGGCAGACAGUGCCACCCAGACGUGCAGAGUGGGACUGCAUCCCGCCCCACAAAACGUCAUCCAGCUUCCCGAAGCGCUGCCGCCCGAUGGACCGCGCACUCUGAGAGCAGAGCGAGAGCCAGGACAGACACCAAGCAAGGAGCGGAGCGGGGGGAGAGGACAGGGAGGGCAUUGUUCGCUAAGGAGAGCACACGGGCUCCACGAUGUCGUCGAACAGGACCCAAAACCCCCACGGACUGAAACAGAUAGGCCUGGACCAGAUAUGGGACGACCUGCGGGCGGGCAUCCAGCAGGUUUACACACGGCAAAGCAUGGCCAAGUCGCGCUACAUGGAACUCUACACACAUGUAUAUAACUAUUGUACCAGCGUGCACCAGUCCAGCCAGGGCCGGGGCUCCGUGCCUCCAGCCAAGCCCCCUAAAAAGUCCACCACCCCGGGCGGGGCUCAGUUUGUAGGCCUGGAGCUCUACAAGCGGCUCAAAGAGUUCCUGAAGAACUAUCUGACCAGCCUGCUCAAGGAUGGCGAGGAUCUAAUGGACGAGUGUGUGUUGAAGUUUUACACCCAGCAGUGGGAGGAUUACCGUUUCUCCAGUAAAGUCCUCAACGGGAUCUGCGCCUACCUCAACCGUCACUGGGUCAGACGAGAGUGUGACGAGGGACGCAAGGGCAUCUACGAGAUCUACUCGCUGGCACUUGUGACCUGGAGAGAAUGUUUAUUCCGACCUCUCAACAAACAGGUAACAAACGCUGUGCUGAAGCUGAUUGAGCGGGAGCGGAAUGGCGAGACCAUUAACACCCGGCUGAUCAGCGGGGUGGUUCAAUCCUACGUUGAGCUGGGUCUGAACGAGGAGGACGCCUUCGCCAAAGGCCCCACGCUGUCCGUGUACAAGGAGUACUUUGAGUGUCAGUUCCUCACGGACACAGAGCGUUUCUACACCCGCGAGAGCACCGAGUUCCUGCAGCAGAACCCCGUCACAGAGUACAUGAAGAAGGCGGAGGCUCGUCUGCUGGAGGAGCAGCGGCGUGUGCAGGUGUAUCUCCACGAGUCCACACAAGACGAGCUGGCCCGGAAGUGUGAGCAGGUCCUGAUCGAGAAGCACCUGGAGAUCUUCCACACCGAGUUCCAGAACCUGCUGGAUGCCGACAAGAAUGAAGACCUGGGCCGGAUGUAUAACCUGGUGUCCCGCAUCACAGAUGGCCUCGGAGAACUGAAGAAACUUCUGGAGACUCACAUCCACAACCAGGGCCUGGCUGCCAUCGAGAAGUGUGGAGAGGCCGCGCUCAACGACCCCAAAGUGUACGUGCAGACCACGCUGGACGUCCAUAAGAAAUACAACGCCUUGGUCAUGUCUGCCUUUAACAACGACGCCGGCUUUGUGGCAGCGCUCGAUAAGGCGUGUGGUCGCUUCAUCAACAACAACGCCGUCACCAGGAUGGCUCAGUCCUCCAGCAAGUCUCCAGAGCUGCUGGCCAGAUACUGCGACUCUCUACUGAAGAAGAGCUCUAAAAAUCCAGAGGAAGCAGAACUGGAGGACACACUCAACCAAGUGAUGGUUGUGUUCAAGUACAUCGAGGACAAAGAUGUUUUCCAGAAGUUUUACGCUAAGAUGCUGGCCAAACGUCUGGUCCACCAGAACAGCGCCAGCGACGACGCCGAGGCUAGCAUGAUCUCCAAACUCAAGCAAGCAUGCGGCUUCGAGUACACGUCCAAACUGCAGCGCAUGUUCCAGGAUAUUGGAGUCAGUAAAGACCUGAACGAACAAUUCAAGAAACACCUGACCAACUCUGAGCCUCUUGACUUGGACUUCAGUAUCCAGGUCCUCAGCUCUGGGUCUUGGCCUUUCCAGCAGUCCUGCACCUUCGCUCUGCCUUCCGAGCUGGAGCGAAGCUAUCAGCGCUUCACUGCAUUUUACGCCAGCAGACACAGCGGCAGGAAGCUCACCUGGCUCUACCACCUGUCCAAAGGAGAGCUGGUCACUAACUGCUUCAAGAACAGGUACACGCUGCAGGCCUCCACCUUCCAGAUGGCCAUCCUGCUGCAGUACAACACAGAGGACAGCUACACCGUGCAGCAGCUGACCGACAGCACGCAGAUCAAAACUGACAUUCUGGUUCAAGUUCUGCAGAUUUUGUUAAAAUCCAAGCUGCUUGUGAUGGAGGACGAGAACGCCAACGUGGACGAGGUUGAGUUCAAACCCGAGACCGUCAUCAAACUCUUCCUGGGAUACAAGAAUAAAAAGCUGAGGGUCAACAUCAACGUACCGAUGAAGACGGAGCAGAAACAGGAGCAGGAGACGACCCACAAGAACAUUGAAGAGGACCGGAAGCUCCUCAUCCAGGCGGCCAUAGUGCGGAUCAUGAAGAUGAGGAAGGUCCUGAAGCACCAGCAGCUUCUGGCUGAAGUCCUGAAUCAGCUGUCGUCUCGAUUCAAACCCAGAGUCCCAGUCAUCAAGAAAUGCAUCGACAUCCUGAUCGAAAAGGAGUACCUGGAGAGAGUGGACGGAGAGAAGGACACAUACAGCUACCUGGCCUGAACGCCCCUUCCCCGCCGGCUCUCCUCAGUUUUAUUUGUUAUCUUCUUCAUUUCUUUUUUUUAAUUUUAUGUCUGAGUAAUAAAGUGAGGAUCCCUCUGACCGGCGGCCAUGUUGUAAGUGUGUCGCCGACAACAAACAUCCAACCCGAGGGGGGAGGAGGGUGAGGACUUUUUCCUGAACCCCUCCUGUUGAGGGCGGGAAACCCCGUCUACACUCUCGCCUGUCCCGUCCCAUGCAUAGGACUCAAACACACACACUUCCUUCUUGUCAUAUUGUAAAUAACAACACAGACUCUAAGAGGAAAAAACAAAAAAAACCCUGCUCCCUUCUUUACAUAGCGCAAACAUAAUGAAUUAGCCAAUCAGAGGAGAGCCGCAUCCAAAGGUUUCUGCAUGCUACUGCCUACCUGCACCACAGUGACCACGAAAAAGAUUAAAAAGUAAAAAUAAAAGUCGAGUCACUGGGCAGUUUCCCGUACGACGACGCUGACGCCGGUCCUGUAAUUUAAAGUGUGCGACUGAACCGGAGGAGGAGUGGUGAGUGUCGGCCGCCAUGACGCUUCUUCACCUGCUGAAGGUGUUUUUGGUUUGAGGUCGGUCGGGUUCAUGCAGGAGGCCUGUUUCAUUACUGACGGUGGACAUUUGUAUAGUGUGGUUCAUUUUCUAAAUGUGUGAUAAAUAAAAAUAAGGAAAGAUUUCUCUAAAUGUU